GUGGCUCUUAGUUGUCAGCUGACCGAACAGAUUGGUCGGUCAAACGGACGAAAAAUAGCGAAACCGAGGACACGUUCCGUAUUUAUUUGCUACGGGAGGUGACGUUCACCAACGAGGUUUCCAUUAGAAGGAAAUGUCCCAGUAGGACUCUUUGUGGUGCGUAUAUACCGUUUUCAACGGUGUGUUGUGGUUCCGUUAAUCGUGUCGCUAACCCGGAAGCAGCGACAUUGCAGGACACACCAGCAUCAUGUCAGGGAACAACUUAGUUCUACCCAUAGUGCUCUGGGGCCGUACGGCACCUACUCACUGCAUCAGCAGUCUGCUGGUGAUGGACGACUUCAACACCAUCAUCACCGGCUGCCAUGAUGGACAGAUUUGCCUCUGGGACAUGACACCUGAACUAGAGAUUUGUCCCAGGGCCAUGUUGUUUGGCCAUACUGCCGCCAUCACCUGUCUGUCUAAAGCCAGCGCAUGCAGCGACAAACAGUACAUUGUCAGUGCAUCAGAGAGCGGAGAGAUGUGUUUAUGGGAUGUUAACGACGGACGCUGUAUUGAGUUCACCAAGCUGGCCUGUGCUCACGUUGGCAUAGAGUUCUAUCAGUUCACCAUCGGCACUGAGAAGGAGGGACGUCUACUUUGCAACGGCCACUACCCAGAAAUCCUUGUUGUGGACGCCACCAGCCUGGAGGUGCUAUACUCAUUGGUGUCCAAGAUCUCUCCGGAUUGGAUCAGCUCCAUGAGCAUCAUCAGAUCCCACCGAACACAAGAGGACACCGUGGUGGCAGUGACGGUGACUGGUAUUCUAAAGGCGUGGAUCAUCACAGCCGAGGUCAGCCGAAUGCAGGACAUGGACCCUGUGUUUGAAGAAGAGUCCAAACCCAUCUACUGCCAAGGCUGUCAGAGCAUCUCCUUCUGUAGCUUCACUCAGAGCAGCCUGCUGGUUGUCUGCUCCAAGUACUGGAGGGUAUUUGAUGCAGGUGACUACUCGUUGCUCUGCUCGGUGUCCAGUGACAACGACCAGGCCUGGACCGGAGGGGAGUUCAUCGCUGCAGACAAAGUCAUCAUCUGGACCGAAGACGGUUGCAGUUACAUCUACAAGCUGCCCGCCAGCUGCCUGCCUGCUAGUGAACAUUUCCGCACUGAUGUUGGGAAAACUAAAGAAGGCUCAAUCCCUCCGCUGGUCUACAGCAUUGCAGACCGUUCGAACAAACAGCUUCUGAUCUGUCCUCCGGUGACCCGGUUCUUCUUCGGCCGACGGGAGCCCUUCCACAAGCUGUUGAUCCAGGGAGACUCGGCGGGCAGGGUGUCCCUGUGGGGCAUCCGGGACACAUUACCUCCACAGUCCCACGCCACUGAUCUGCAGGUGUCGUCCUCCGUCAGUCUGCAGGAGGCGUUUGACAAGUUGGCCCCCGUGUCCGCAGGGAUCAUCGACCAGCUGAGCGCUCUGCCUGGAAAAGAAGGACCCAUCAAGGUCACGGCCAGCGUUUACAUCCCCUCUCAGGGGCGCCUGGUGUGCGGAAGAGAGGACGGCAGCAUCAUCCUGGUUCCUGCCACUCAGACCGCCAUCGUCCAGCUGCUGCAGGGGGAGCACAUGCUCCGCAGAGGCUGGCCGCCCCAUCGCACCCUGCGGGGUCACCGGAACAAGGUGACGUGCGUCCUGUACCCGCACCAGAUCUCCCCGCGCUACGACCAGCGCUCGCUGGUGUCCGGGGGGGUGGACUUCUCCGUCAUCGUCUGGGACAUUUUCACCGGAGAGAUGAAGCACAUCUUCUGCGUCCACGGGGGAGAGAUCACCCAACUCAUCGUCCCGCCCGAGAACUGCAGCACCCGUGUGCAGCACUGCGUCUGCUCGGUGGCCAGCGACCACUCGGUGGGCCUGCUCAGCCUCAGGGAGAGGAAGUGCAUCAUGCUGGCGUCGCGACACCUCUUCCCCAUCCAGGUCAUCAAGUGGCGACCGGCGGACGACUACCUGGUGGUGGGCUGCUCCGACGGCUCUGUCUACGUCUGGCAGAUGGACACAGGCGCCUUGGACCGCUGCGUGAUGGGCAUAACGGCGGUGGAGAUCCUGAACGCCUGCGACGAAUUGGCCCCGGCCACCGUGGACGCCCUGAGCCACUCGGCCGUCAACCUGAAGCAGGCCAUGACGCGCCGCAGCCUGGCAGCGCUGAAGAACAUGGCCCAGCACAAGCUGCAGACUCUCGCCACCAACCUGCUGGCUGCGGACAACGCCGACAAGGGCAACCUGCCGAAAUACUCCCACAACGCCCUGGUAGUCCAGGCGAUGAAGACCAACCUGACGGACCCCGACAUGCACGUGCUGUUCUUCGACGUGGAGGCGGUGAUCAUUCAGCUGCUGACGGAGGAAGCCCAGAGGCCGAACCCCAUGCUGGUGUCUCCAGAGACGCUGCAGAAGAGCCAGGCCGGGGCUGACAAGGGGGGGUCUUUCCUGGCCAACAAGAUCUUUAAGCAGGUGAAGGAGACCAUGAAGGAGACCAUCAAGGAGCAUCUUUUGGAUGAAGACGAGGAGGAGGAGGAGGAGAUGAGGAGGCGGGAGGAGAAGUCCAAGUCUCUGAGUCUGCUAGAAUACAACCUGACGAUGGACACGGCCAAACUCUUCAUGUCCUGUCUGCACGCCUGGGGUCUCAACGAACAGCUGGACGGCAUCUGUCUGGAGCGACUGGGCAUGCUCAGACCGCACUGUCCCAUCUCCUUCGGCCUGAUCUCCAGAGGAGGUCACAUGUCCCUCAUGCUGCCCACCUUCAAGGAGUCUUUGCUGCGGCAGUUGUCCCUGGCGACCGGUCUGAAGCUGACCCUGACGGACAUCGUGGGCAAAGGGACGUACGGCGUGUCGAGGGCCGUCACCACACAGCACCUGCUGUCCGUCAUUUCACUGGCCAACACCCUGAUGGGCAUGACCAAUGCCACCUUCGUCGGAGAGCACAUGAAGAAAGCCCCAGUGAGGCCUCCCAGACCAGGAGGAACCCCGGAGACUCCGCGCAGGAUGCUGGCUGCCCCCCCUCAGCCUUCCAACCCGGCGCUACAGGCCCAGAUCAAACAAGCUGCUGUAGCUGCCACAGCCAACCCCAGCACUCUUACUACUCCCACUGCUGGGGCCCCUGGGGGCCCUCCUCAGAGGCCCCCUUGCCCUCCAAGCCCUAGCCCUGCUUUUCAUUACAUCCCCUCAGUCAACGAAGGUUGGAGCCAGCUGGCAGCCAUGCACUGUGUGAUGCUCCCUGAUCUCCUCGGCUUGGACAAGUUCCGACCUCCUCUGCUGGAGAUGUUAGCGAGAAGAUGGCAGGACCGCUGCCUGGAGGUGCGUGAAGCAGCUCAAGCUCUCCUACUGGCUGAGUUGAGGAGGAUCGGCCAAUCGGGACGCAAGGACACCAUCGACCUGUGGGCUCCCUACCUGCCUCAGUAUGUGGACACCGUCAGCUCCCCCGGGUCGGCCACUGAGCCCGCCCCUCCAGCCCCACCUCCCCCCGAGGCUCAGCCAGUAGAAGCAAAGGUUCCGGAGGAGGAAAUGGACGUCACGGAUGAUGACAUCACAGCAGGCUGCCUGUCCAACCUUCCGCCCAACGCCAAGAAGAUCUCCAACUCCUACGAGGAGCGCCGCAAGCAGGCCACCGCCAUCGUGCUGCUGGGGGUCGUCGGGGCCGAGUUCGGCGCCGAGAUUGAACCCUCGAAGGGCUUGGCCCGGAACCGAGGGGGCGGACAGGUGCCCGACGGCUUCGGGCUGACGAGCGGCGGCUCGUCCAACUACUCGCUGGCCAGACACACAUGUAAGGCGCUGACCUUCCUGCUGCUGCAGCCCCCGAGUCCCAAGCUGCCUCCCCACAGCACCAUCCGCCGCACUGCCAUCGACCUGAUUGGCCGAGGCUUCACCGUGUGGGAGCCCUACAUGGACGUGUCGGCGGUGCUCAUGGGGCUGCUGGAACUCUGUGCUGACGCCGAGAAGCAGCUGGCCAAUGUUACAAUGGGUUUGCCCCUCAACCCCCCCGCUGACUCAGCUCGCUCAGCCCGCCAUGCCCUCUCCCUCAUCGCCACCGCCCGCCCGCCGGCCUUCAUCACCACCAUUGCCAGAGAGGUGCAUCGGUUCAAUGCGGCCCAGGCCAACUCUCAGUCGCAGCAGAACGUUCACACCACCACGCUGGCCAGGGCCAAGACUGAGAUACUGCGAGUGAUUGACAUCCUGAUAGAGAAGAUGCCCGGAGAUGUGGUGGAUCUGCUGGUCGAGGUGAUGGAUAUCAUCAUGUACUGUAUUGAGGGGUCUUUGGUGAAGAAGAAAGGACUGCAGGAGUGUUUCCCUGCUAUUUGCAAGUUCUACAUGGUUGGUUACUGUGACCGUAGCCACCGCAUCGCCGUUGGAGCUCGCCAGGGUUCAGUGGCUCUGUACGAUGUUCGCACUGGAAAAUGCCAGAACAUCCACGGCCAUAAAGGUCCCAUCACAGCCUUGUCCUUCGCUCCUGACGGCCGUUACCUGGCAACGUACUCCAACGCCGACAGCCACAUCUCCUUCUGGCAGAUGAACACCAGUCUGCUGGGCAGCAUCGGGAUGUUGAACUCGGCCCCCCAGCUCCGCUGCAUUAAGACCUACCAGGUCCCCCCGGUGCAACCGGCGUCCCCGGGCUCCCAGAACCACCUGAAGCUCGCCCGCCUCAUCUGGACCUCCAACCGCAACGUCAUCCUCAUGGCCCACGACGGCAAGGAGCACCGCUUCAUGGUGUGAAGUGGGUCCGGACCCUCGGCGGGUCUGAGAUUUGGUCGCAUGGAUUCACUUUAGAUUUAGCUUCAAAUAUGUAUCCAAAGCUGCCACUGCAAUUGAAAACGUCUGAAAAUAAGCAAGGUUGAUCGUAAAGCCUGGUUUCAUUGACUCAGUAAUUUAUUGGACAGAAGGUUUCAAUCAUUUAUUAUUAAUUAACACAUUCUUGUCAUUCCUAUUUAUUUGUAUUUUUUCUCGCAGAUAUCUUUAGUUGCAUCUUGGAUUCCAAUUGUAGCUUUUUAUUUAAAGUCAGCCCCCUUUUUGUUUGCCCUCAUUAGAUUCUCAGUGUUAAAUAAAAUCAUGUUAUUAUUGAA